AUGACUACAAACAAAAGUAAAAAAGUCAGAUGUUUAGUUUGCAACGAAAUUCUAACAUAUGAGAAUGAUGACACAUCCGUUUUAGUUGAUCAUUUAAAUUUGGAACAUUCUGGUUUAGACGUAUUUAGAUUUUUAGCACAUUGUCAAGUAUCAAAUUCUAAAUUAAAUCGUAGACCAAGCGAAGAACGUAAUUAUUCCCUCGAAGGAGGUGAUAAUUUAAAUGAAGAAGGAUUUAAAGUAUCUCCAAAAACAUAUAAAACGUCAGUGGAAACAUGGACACCAGGUCCACAAAGUGUUAUUUGUCCAAAAUGUGGAAAAGAAGGACAACCGGUUAUAAGAAAACAAAGAAAUAGAAUGGCGAAAACGCCAUUAGGAGCCUUGUGUAUGUUGGGGUGCUGGCCGUUUUGUUUUCUUCCAUUUUUAUUUAGACGUGAUCAAUAUUUAGACCUUCAUUGUUCCUGUUGCAAACAAUUAAUUGGAACUUAUGAUAAAAGAAAAAGUUGCAUGGUCCAAACUGGAAACGCAGGGAGCCACGCAUCGUUAAAUAAAUGCCAUUCUAAUUAA